ACUGGGACUGCAGGCGUGAGCACUCUCUGUAUGUGCUUGUUUUAUCGUUCGAUAUUGGGGUAUUUAGAGUCGCAUUUUCUUAGAUGUGAAGUAAUUUCUUGAAGAGUAUUCGUAAAUAACAAGAUAAAUAUGAGUUAUCACCGUGGCGGUGGUAAUAAGCCAAAAGGCUUUGGAUUUGCGGGGUUUCAAAUGACUGGUACAAAAAGAAGUGGCUCUAACGUACCACCACCUCCACCAAAUUCUACUCUAAGCAAGCAAGGCUAUCACACUAUGAAUUCUAUCACCGAAAAUGCCUUAUCUGCAUGCUGGGGAAUGCCAAAGAAGCGUAGCAAAACUGAGGAGGAAUACUUUGAGGAUGAUGAUGAUCCUCCGCCAUUUUCCUUGGAAUAUAUUCCGGCACCUGGAUCUCCCACUUACGAUUGGAUGAAAAAAUCAACUUCGAAAGAAGAUAGCGAUAGCGAGGAAGAUCCACUAGAUGCAUUUAUGGCUGGUAUAGACGCAGAGGUUAAAAGAAACAAUUAUGAAGCACAACUGGCGGAGGACGAGCGCAAAGAAGAAAAAUCCAAGGGAUUUAGAGCGGAUAUCGAUGGCGAGGACGACGAGGAAAGUUACUACAGGUAUAUGGAAGAAAAUCCAACUGCGGGUUUGCAACAAGAGGAAUCUGACCAAGAGAUCGAUUACGAUGAAGACGGGAACCCGAUCGCGCCUCCAAAAAAGAAAGAUAUCGAUCCCUUACCUCCUGUUGAUCAUAGCGAGAUAAAAUACGAAUCUUUCGAGAAAAAUUUUUAUAACGUUCACGAUGAGAUCGCUAAUUUAAGUAAACAACAAAUCGACGAUCUGAAGAAAACUUUGGGAAUAAAGGUAUCUGGUCCGUCUCCGCCGAAUCCGGUUACCAGUUUCGGUCAUUUUGGUUUCGAUGAUGCGUUAAUAAAGGCUAUUAGAAAAAACGAAUACACUCAACCUACCCCUAUCCAAGCUCAAGCAGUUCCGGCCGCAUUGAGCGGCAGGGAUAUAAUAGGUAUAGCGAAAACCGGUAGCGGUAAAACAGCAGCUUUUAUUUGGCCAAUGUUAGUUCACAUAAUGGAUCAAAGAGAAUUGAAGGCAGGUGACGGACCCAUCGGUUUAAUUCUUGCUCCUACGAGAGAAUUGUCACAACAGAUUUACCAAGAAGCAAGGAAGUUCGGGAAAGUGUAUAAUAUUCAAGUGUGCUGUUGUUACGGCGGUGGCAGCAAAUGGGAGCAAAGUAAAGCAUUGGAAGGGGGUGCGGAAAUAGUAGUCGCAACGCCGGGUAGAAUGAUAGAUUUAGUUAAAAUGAAAGCAACGAAUUUAACCAGAGUAACAUUUCUAGUAUUGGAUGAAGCUGAUAGAAUGUUCGAUAUGGGUUUCGAGCCACAAGUGCGUUCAAUAUGUAACCACGUAAGGCCAGACAGGCAAACAUUGUUGUUCAGCGCAACUUUCAAAAAGAGGGUAGAAAAGCUUGCGAGGGAUGUUCUGACGGAUCCGGUUAGGAUAGUACAAGGGGACGUCGGUGAGGCGAAUGCUGAUGUCACGCAACACGUGAUAGUGUUCAAUAAUAAUCCUACUGGCAAAUGGACGUGGUUGUUGCAGAAUCUAGUUGAAUUCUUGAGCUCUGGUAGUCUGUUGAUUUUCGUAACUAAAAAGCUCAAUGCGGAGGAACUUGCAAACAAUCUCAAGUUGAAAGAAUUUGACGUAAUGUUGUUGCAUGGUGAUAUGGACCAAAUCGAAAGGAACAAAGUAAUAACGGCUUUUAAAAAGAAGGAAGUUACUACACUGGUCGCUACUGACGUUGCUGCUCGAGGUUUGGACAUUCCACAUAUCAGAACCGUUGUUAAUUACGACGUCGCACGAGACAUAGAUACUCAUACACAUAGGAUAGGUAGAACUGGUCGAGCGGGUGAAAAAGGAACAGCGUAUACCCUUGUAACAGAAAAAGACAAAGAAUUCGCAGGUCAUCUAGUUCGAAAUUUGGAGGGUGCAAAUCAGGAAGUACCAAAGAGUCUCAUGGAUUUAGCGAUGCAAAGCGCUUGGUUCCGCAAGUCAAGGUUCAAAGGUGGGAAAGGGAAGAGUUUGAACGUCGGAGGGGCCGGACUUGGGUUUAGGGGAAGACCGGAAACAUCUUCAACUUCGAGUUGUGGUUCCUCGUCUCAAGGAUCUAAGGACAUAAGCGAAGUUGUUAAAAAAUUAGAAAGACAUGGACCAGGUAGCGAUCGGUUAUCGGCCAUGAAAGCUGCUUUUCGUAGUCAGUACAAUUCUCAGUUUCGUGCAUCGUCGGAUCAUACGUGGGAACAAACUAUUACACGGCCUUCGGUGAUAAUGCCCCCACCACCACCUGUACCUCCGAAACCAAAUACGGAACAAUCAAAGACUCAGGAUGUACAAAGUACGAAUAUCGGAGGAGAAAGGAAGAGAGUUAGAAAGAGUCGGUGGGAAUAAACAUUGAUGACUGAAAACUGCGAUUAUUUUGUGUAUAUUAAGAUAUUAUAUUAUUGCUGAUAAUAUGUGAGCCGCAGUGGCCGAUGCCAAUUGUUUUUAUAUUAUAAUAAGAUUUAAUUUUACCAAAUUUUUGCUUACCUCAAAUUUCUUUUCCUACCUAUACAAGUCGCCUAUAUAAGGCUGUACGACAGUGUUUCCCAAUCUUUUUCGUUUGUGAAACAUUGACGUAAGAUGCUGGAGGUCUUCUCGUGAAGAUCAAACUGGUAUUCGUAGGAAUUGAGAGGUAUUAAUUGGAUUUUCUCGUGAAAGCUUUCUGAGACUACGAUUGGCUCCGUUUCUUCCCAAGGCAAAUAACGCGUGACAUUUAACGGCAAGGAGUCUUUAUUGCGAUAUCUCCGAUACAAAAUUGAACGAAUCGUUUAGAAUCUAAAUGAAAUACACUAUUAGACCGGCUUUAAGAAGACGCUAGCUACUACGAUAUAAUUGAGUUAUCAUUUUCGGCGCACCAAUUGAAUCCUGAUUGUUACUAUCUAAAGCUUCGAUGGGCAACAGAGAGAAUUAGUAGAGGCAAAGAUGUAUCGUAAAAAGAUAAUCUCUCGUGAGUGAGCAAUUUCUUUGAACGCAAGAUUCGCGUUUCUCGCACGCCGUAUAUUGUCGCAACGUUCCUCGCAACGUGAGUUAAGCUACAAGACACUAUCGAUGUUUCUUUUCUUCUCGUUUUUAU